AUGACCUGCAAGCAACCGGACGACGACUCCGAACCCGCGGCCUCGACCGCGGUUGAAGUCAGCGAUGUGUCCGUGACUCCACCAACUGAGAUAAAGAGUCCUGUUGGGGUGCGCAACUUUGGAAAUGGACUCAUCAGACGACUUGGAAAUAACAAGCACUUGAAGCAGAUUCACUCGCUGGAAGACUCGUUGGUUGAUUUUUGUGGAAGUAGCUCGAUUCAUGGCGUGAGGUAUAUUGGCUGUAGGAGUAGUUCUUACAUUGAGAAGCUUGUUUGGACUAUCAUCUUCGCGACGACGCUGUACUUUGCUGGGACUAACAUUGUGGAGGCUUGGAUCAAGUGGGAGAAGAAUCCGGUCAAGAUUGUGUCCGCGGAACAUGUGACCUAUAGCUGGGAGGUGCCGUUUCCAGCCGUCACCAUAUGUCCGCAAACCAAGUCCAAAAAGUCACUGUUUGAUAUCGGAAAGAGUUACCGGGAAACGGAGGGAAAUCCGGCGAAGUUUGAUGAUCAUCUGAAGGGACUGUUGCAGCUGUGUGACGCUCCGUGCCCGUACAAUGUAAACUUCUCGAGUCCGGCGAAUCCAAGGAUUGUCAGAGCGAUGCGUGAGGUAUCGUUGUCGUUGGACGACAUCUGCGAGAGCGUGACCUGGGAUAUGGACAAGCAGAGCUGCGCAGGUAUGUUUCACCGGGUGUUGACGGAGGACGGCAUUUGCUACAGCUUCAACGGGCUUGCCGGUAAAGAGUUGUUUCGAGGUGAUCGACUGCAUCGGCAUUACAAUCAUAGCGAAGGGACGGCGGUGAUUCAGAACUGGAAUCCGGAGGUCGGGUAUGGUUCGGCGGAGGCAGAGAUUGAGUACCCGAGGAGGUCAUUCUUGGACGAUAAGAAGAUCGAUUUGGUGAUUAACUUGCGGCUGGAUCGGGGCGACUUUGACUACAGCUGCCGAGCGGAGCAGGGCUUUAUGGUGUACGUGCAUUCGCCGGCGGACUUCCCGCAGGCCCGACUUGGGGCCAUUUAUGCUCCUAUGGGCAAGAGUACGUACGUUACGGUGAAGGUGCGGGACACCCAGCUAUCGAGCAAGCUCGUAGAUUUUCCUCCGGAGAAGAGAAAGUGCUACAUGGUUGGCGAGAAGGAGCUGGAGUACUUCCGAGUCUACACGCAGAAGAACUGUGAGCUGGAAUGCCGCGCCAGGGAACAACUCUUCACCGAGGGUUGCGUCAACUUUGCGCUACCUCAUGACGAAGAGGAUAAGUUGUGCAACGUGCAGAAGCAACACUGCGGUACAGUUGACAGUCAUCUCCGAAGUCGCGAGAAGAAGAUCCGACCCCGGCGGAACUCGGACGCCAAGAGUUGUCACUGUCUGCCGACGUGCACCUAUGUAAAGUACGAAACGGAAAUGCUACAGACGGACCUGGACUACCGGAGCAUCCGCAAGGAACGAAAGGAGUCUUCCAACAUUUCCUACACCCAGAUCAGCGUGCACUACAACAAGGAAAAGUUCCCGACCUUCGAGAGGACGGACUCGUACACGAUAACCGAACUGCUCGGAACGUUCGGCGGUUUGCUGGGCCUGUUCAUGGGAGUGUCACUGCUGAGCUUCGUGGAGAUUCUCUACUUCUGCACGCUGCGACCGUUUUGCGUGUGGCGCCGAAUGAACCGGAAGUUGAAACUCCAGCAGCAGCAGGGAGCCUCCACCUAA